AUGUCUGAAGAAAACGGACAGGAAAAAAAGAUUGAAAAUGAGGUCGUCAGCAACGAACAGGCGCAAAAUGAGCCUCCCAAGAAGAAAAGGAAAGAAGCCCGAGCUGAAAAAUUAAAGGCCCAGAAGUUGCAAAAGACUCAAGAAAUUGUUGAGGAGCAACGAAAGAAGAGAAUCAAUUUAGAAAACGUGUCCUUGAAAUCUCUGUCGAAAUCGAUGAAAAAUGAUCCAAAAAUCUCAGAACUGAAAACAGAAGAAACAGAUUGUCCAAGCCAAACGAGAGAGCAGGAAAAGUUUGGUUACCAACUUGGAGAUAAACGCGGAAAUUUAUUGUUGUAUGCAUUAGGUGAAACGGCUGGUUCAUCAUUUACUAAAGAUUUGUUCGGGACUAUUCAACAGUUUCUUUCUGCUCAGAAGCAAGAACCAAAACAAACUUACUACCUCUUUGGAACGGAUUACGACAAACGCGGAAAGUCACUGGUGAAAUCGGCUGAUACCAUUCGUUCACUUGCAUAUAGUGAUUUUAUUCAAAGAUGCUCCCCUUUGUUUCGGUUUGCAAGUGGAAUAUUAAGUGCACAUACACCUAAAUUUCAUGCAUCCUUAUUAAAAUUGGAGAUGGCUCCUCAACAACCCCGUUUCGGCGCGUUUCCUGAUUUUUCUGUUCGCCAAAUUGGAGCUGAAAAUGGUGUUUCCAUCCCCGAGUCUGACUCUUCUGUCAAAUACGGGCUUACAGUCAUUAUUAUUGUUGGUGAUAUACAAGAUGUCUGUUUAAAUAUCCCUGCUAUCAAGCAUUCUGUUCGUCUGCACGACGGAAUGAUUUUGGUCCUUCGAUCUUCACUCCUACAUCAAUGGUAUUCUCUCAAAAAGUCAGGGGUUGUUUACGAAAUGAGGCUUUUUGCGCUUUCUUCUCUUUGGGAAUCAGCACAAAACCAGUCUGUUGAAAUUCAAAAAGAAGAGUAA